CGCCGCGCCGCGCCGCCGGGACCCCGACUCGGUCAGGGCUUUGUCAGGGAGGUGCAGCUGUCGGUGAUUACCCUCGAGCUGCAGCCGCAUCCCCAUGCCGACCAUCACGCAUUACGUGCUGGACCCCUUCCUUGAGACGGGGUCGCCAGCGCAGGUCCAGAAGGCCGUGCCCAAGCCGCCGCCACCUCCUCCGGAGAAGGCCACGCCUGUGCCGGUGGCUCCUGUUAGGACGCAGACAUCGCCGGCAUCGCUCUACGCCACGCCGGAGAGCACGACCCUGCCUGACUCGCCUUCCUCGUUCCCAGGAACCUGGUCACCGUACCUCAUCAACCAUAAGAGGCGGGGCGCCUCCCUUGCCAAGACCCUCUCUCAGGGCGAUGCUGUGGGUGAGGUUAGAGAGCUGAAGCUCCCUGUGACACUGCCUGGUUUGUCCAAAAGUUGUGAAGCCGUUGAAGUGCAUGAGCCUGAGUUUGCGUUUCAGCAAGCGAACAAUGGUCAAGCUGAAGGUGACUGUGGUGUGGAAGAGCCUUUUAAUGGGCAGGAUGGAAUACUCCAGAAGGGCAAGGGAACUGUGGCAGCUGAAAAUGGGCAGGAUCAGCCUGAGUUUGAGUUUCAGCGUGGAAGUCUUGAAGCAUUAGUGAGGCCUGUCAAUGUCGCAAGGCCUUCGAAUGGUGCGGCACCAAAUAAUGCUGAGAGUGAUGCCUUCUUUGAACUUCAGGAUUCGAUGAGUGUGGCUAGCAAUACUGAGACUGAUGAGGCUGGUGUGCAUGAGCGGUGGUGGAAGCCCAGUUCUCCUCUUGGGACGUCUGUUGGCACACCUGGUGCAGAAUUCUAUGAUGCAUUUGAAGAAAUAUCCAGUGAUGGUGGAACUCGAUCAUCGCGUGCCAUGGAUGAUGACCUCCGUGAGAUGAGGUUAAGUCUGUUAAUGGAAAUAGAGAGGAGAAAGCAAGCAGAAGAAGCACUUGAGAACUGGCAAGCAGAAUGGAAGAAGCUGAGUCACCACCUAUCACGUGUUGCCUUAUCACUUCCAUCUCCAAGUACAGCUGAGAAUACUGAUGAUUCAAGUGUGGAUCCUGGAGCUGAGUUGUGCCAGCAAAUAACUGUUUCACAACUUGUAGCUGCUGCUAUUGCACGGGGUUUAGCUCGUGCUGAAGUGGAAUCAGAGAUGGAAACUGUGAUUGCAGCAAAGAACUUUGACAUUGCAAGGCUGUCAGAUAGGGUUCAGUACUAUGAAGCUGCAAACAGGGAGAUGUCUCAAAGAAACCAAGAAGCCAUUGAGAUGUCAAGGCAACAACGGAAGGAGCGUAAGAAGCGACAGAAGUGGUUCUGGGGUUCCGUUGGGCUUGCAGUCACCCUUGGCGCCACAGCCAUUGCCUGGUCCUACCUACCUUCAUCACAGCCCCAAGCCAGUGCAGAUUCAAAUAGCGCCUCCAGCGAAUAGAGCUAGGACGAAGACGUAUCUCCUCCUUUCCGAAGCCUAACAAAGCUCUAACUAUACUCUUAGAGGAAAAAAGGUUGUAUAAGUUUUCUCUUUUUGCGAUCGGCUGUGAUCGCUACGAUCCUCAUUUGUCGCAUCCUCUGUAAAAAUGUUGGGUGGGUCAUCUCCGGUCAGGAUUGGCUCCAUUCCAAUCACCGUAAAGCUCUUUGCAUAGCUGGUUGAGCAAAUAAUACGAGGAAUGUCAACAUGGUUGGUAGUCCAUGCCCAACUCAAGUGGAGUUGAUUUUGUCAACCGAAGUUUUGUUCUAAAAUCCUUUUCCUGUUCUCGAACUAAGAGAUGGCACAAGGAAGUUUUGUUUUCCUGUU